CCUCCCUUCUCCCCUCCUUUCCUUUUAUUUUUCUUCCCAUCCCCGUCUUGUCCUAUCCCGCCCCGCCCCACCCCGCGGCGCAUUGUGGGAUCGGGCCUGGGAGCCUUUGGAAGCGGACUCCGCACUUGACCAUGGGGAUCCAGCCGAGCACUGCCCUACUGGCCACCCUGGGAGUGGGACUUCUGUCUCUGCUAGGAGUGGCCCUGGGCUCCUACCUGGUUCGUAGGUCUCGAAGAGCACCUGUCACUCUCCGGGACCCCAAUGAGAAGUACUUGCUGAGGCUGCUGGAUAAGACGACUGUCAGCCACAACACCAAGAAAUUCCGUUUUGCCCUGCCUUCAGCCCAUCACAUCCUGGGACUCCCUAUAGGGAAGCAUGUCUACCUCUCUGCCCGAAUUGAUGGCAACUUGGUUGUCCGGCCAUACACACCUGUCACCAGUGAUGAGAACAAGGGCUACGUGGACCUUGUCAUCAAGGUCUACCUGAAAGGAGUACACCCCAAGUUCCCCGAAGGUGGGAAGAUGUCUCAGUACCUAGACAGCCUAAAGAUUGGAGAUGUGGUGGAAUUUCGGGGGCCAAGUGGGAUGCUCACUUAUAACGGGAAAGGGAAAUUUGACAUUCACCCCGGCAAGAAAUCUCCAGCAGAACUCCGAGUGGCGAAGAAGUUGGGAAUGAUUGCCGGAGGGACGGGGAUCACCCCAAUGCUGCAGCUCAUCCGGGCCAUCCUAAAGGACCCUGAAGAUCCAACCCAGUGCUUUCUGCUGUUUGCCAACCAGACUGAGAAGGACAUAAUUCUACGAGAAGAUCUGGAGGAACUGCAGGCCCGAUAUCCUGAACGUUUUAAACUCUGGUUCACCUUGGAUCAACCUCCAGCUGACUGGGCCUAUGGCAGGGGCUUUGUGACAGCUGACAUGAUUCGGGAACACCUGCCUGCCCCAGGGGAUGAUGUGCUGCUGCUGCUGUGUGGGCCACCUCCCAUGGUACAGCUGGCCUGCCACCCCAACUUAGACAAGCUGGGGUAUCCACAGAAGAUGCGUUUUACCUACUGAGGCCCUUACCCUCCUCUAGCUUUGCUCAGCCUAACAACCCUCAUCCAAUCCCUAUCAAGUGCUCACACUGGGAGCCCCCUGCUACUGACCUACUAUCUAUCACUGCCCUAUCUUUUUCAACCUUGGCCAAACCUUAGACCUGGGUGCUUUUCCUGGGAUCAGUGUCCCUCUGGCUCUGGGAGGAGGCACUCGGCUGGGGUCUGGGCAGACAUAGACACUGCCCCCCUCCCACUUCCUGAGCUGGAAGCCUCAAUCUAUAAGGUCAGGAAGGAGGUGCCUAGGGAUCUGACUUUGGGAGAGAGGGCUCAGGGAUUUACACCCUCAUCUUCACUGAGGGGCACAGUUUGACUAUUGAAGAUGCUUAGUUGUUGCUUCUGAAAAAUGAGGGUAGAUUUCUUGUGUGUGCAGUAGAAGGGGAGCAUUAACAUGGAGAAAGCAGCACUGCUGGGGAGAUGCUGGGGCCGGGGGAAUGGAGUCUCUCCAGACUCCUGGUACUCCUAGUAAAGAGUCUAGGAUACACAUGCCUAUCUCCUAUGCCAGCACUCCUCUUUCCUUCUCCUCAUGUCCGCUGGAAGGUAUUGCCUGCCUAGGGUCUUCUUAGACAUCAUCUUUGUGUCAGGAGCCUCUGGAUGUGGAAAUAAACGGGCCAAGGCCCCCAUGUG